GGUCAUGUGGGGGCUACUCGUGGUGGUCUCCCAGCUGGGCCCGGUGGCCGGAGCCAACCUGACCAUCGCCGUGGUGCUGCCCCAGCACAACACGACGUACCCGUGGGCCUGGCCGCGGGUCGGGCCGGCCAUCCAGCUGGCCAUCCGGAAGAUCAACGGCCAGCCGGACCUCCUCCCCGGCCACACCGUGCGGUCCGUCUUCAACACCAGCGAGGACGACCACGGCGUCUGCUCCGACUCCGUGGCCCCCCUGUCGGCCGUGGACCUCAAGAUGGGCUACAACCCGGACGCCUUCAUGGGCCCCGGCUGCGUCUACACGUCGGCCCCCGUGGCCCGUUUCACCCGGCACUGGAAACUGCCCCUGGUGACCGCCGGGGCCGAGGCGGUGGGCUUUGGCGACAAAGGCGAGUUUGCCUCGACCACGCGCACUGGUCCCAGCCACGGCAAGUUGGGCGAGUUUGUGGUUUACCUCCACGAGCGCUUCAACUGGACCAGCCGAGCGCUUCUCCUUUACUGGGACAACAGGACGGACGACCGGCCGUGCUACUUUGCCGUGGAGGGGCUUUACGUGACACUGCCGGACAUGACCAACAUAACGGUGGAGGAGAGGCCCUUUUCGGAGAUGAACUACAGCGCGCUGAUCCGGGACAUCAGGAAGAAGGCGAGGAUCGUCUACGUCUGCUGUGCCCUGGGCAUCUUCCACGAACUCAUGCUCUACGCCCAUCGCGAGGGGCUCACUGCGGGCGAGUAUGCCUUCUUCUACAUCGACCUAUACGGGGCCAGCCUGCAGAGCUCCUACUUCCCCGACCGACGGCUCCCUUGGCAACGAGGGGACGCGAACGACGCCCUGGCCCGGGAGGCCUACAAGUCCGUGAUGAUCAUUACCUACACUGAGCCGACAAACCCUGAAUACAAGCCAUUCCUGGAGGAGGUCAGGCAGGCAGCCCAAACACAAUUCAACUUCACCAUGGAGGACGGGCUGAAGAACUACAUUGCUGCAGCGUUCCACGAUGGUGUGAUGCUCUACGCCCAAGCUGUGAAUGAGACGCUGGAGCUGGGAGGGUCCAUCCGCAACGCCACCGCUAUCACCCGCCAGAUGCGGAACCGAACCUACUACGGGGUCACGGGGUUCCUGAAAAUCGACAAGAACGGUGAUCGGGAGACGGACUACUCACUCUGGGACAUGGACCCUGCCUCAGGAGAUUUUGAGAUUGUUAUCAGUUACAACGGGACUACCAAGAAACUAGAGAUGGUACCUGGGAAGGAUAUCCACUGGCCAGGAAAUGCCGUUCCCAGAGAUGUGCCCUUCUGCGGUUUUGAGAAUAGCAAUCCAGCUUGUCAAAAAGCUUCUUUAUCCUUGCUGGAGAUCCUGUCUCUUGUCAUGACCCUGGUCCUCUCUCUGGUGAGCAUGGCGGCCUUCUUUGUGUACAGGAAAAUGAAGCUGGAGAAGGAGCUGGCAUCGGAGCUAUGGCGCAUUCACUGGGAGGACGUGCAGUCCAGCAAUUUGGAGAAAAAUUUGCGCAGCGUUGGCAGCAAGCUCACCCUCUCAUUGAGGGGUUCAAACUAUGGGUCCCUGCUUACCACGGAGGGGCAGUUCCAGGUAUAUGCCAAGACGGCUUAUUACAAGGGGAACCUCGUGGCCGUGAAACACGUGAACCGGAAGCGCAUCGAGCUCACACGCAAGGUCCAGUUUGAACUGAAACACAUGAGGGAUGUUCAAAACAAGCAUCUGACGCGUUUUAUUGGGGCCUGCAUCGAUCCGCCAAACAUCUGUAUCCUGACAGAGUACUGUACCCGCGGUAGUCUCCAGGAUAUCCUGGAGAACGACAGCAUCACUUUGGACUGGAUGUUCCGCUAUUCGCUCACCAAUGACAUUGUUAAGGGCAUGCACUUCCUCCACAACAGUGUGAUCCAAUCCCAUGGCAACCUGAAGUCCUCCAACUGCGUGGUGGACAGCCGCUUUGUGCUGAAGAUCACAGACUACGGGCUGGAGAGCCUCCGCCAGGCGCCCGACGCCGAGGACUCGUACGCUCUGUUUGCCAAGAAACUGUGGACGGCGCCCGAGCUUUUGCGGAUGGAGUUACCCCUGCCUCGAGGCACCCAGAAAGGAGACAUCUACAGCUUUGGAAUCAUUUUGCAGGAGAUUGCCCUUCGCAGUGGCGUAUUCUACGUGGAAGGCAUGGCCCUGAGUCCCAAAGAGAUCAUCGACCGAGUGAAGAGCGGCGAAUGCCCCCCGUUCCGCCCCUCCAUCAACCUGGGCUACAACCUUGAGGACGUGGUGGUCCUCAUGCAGCGGUGCUGGGCGGAAGACCCCCAGGAGCGGCCGGACUUCCACCACAUCAAAGGCAUGCUGCGGAAGUUCAACAAGGAGAGCAGCAGCAACCUCUUGGAUACCUUGCUGUCGCGCAUGGAGCAGUACGCCAACAACCUGGAGGAGCUGGUGGAGGAGCGCACGCAAGCCUACCUGGAGGAGAAGCGCAAGGCUGAGGCCCUGCUGUACCAGAUCCUGCCCCAUUCAGUGGCAGAGCAGCUGAAACGAGGAGAGACGGUGCAGGCCGAGGCUUUCGACAGCGUCACCAUCUACUUCAGCGACAUUGUGGGUUUCACAGCGCUGUCAGCAGAAAGUACGCCGAUGCAGGUGGUGACGCUGCUUAAUGAUUUGUAUACUUAUUUCGACGCCAUCAUCGAUAACUUUGACGUCUACAAGGUAGAGACCAUCGGUGACGCCUACAUGGUGGUUUCAGGCCUGCCGGUGCGCAACGGCAGACUGCACGCCCGAGAAGUGUCGCGCAUGUCUCUGGCGCUGCUCGAAGCCGUCCGCAAUUUCAAGAUUCGCCACCGGCCAGAACAACAGCUAAAGCUGCGGAUUGGGAUCCACAGUGGUCCAGUCUGCGCAGGCGUCGUGGGCCUCAAGAUGCCUCGCUACUGCCUCUUCGGGGACACGGUGAACACGGCCUCCCGUAUGGAGUCCAAUGGAGAAGCCCUGAAGAUCCACCUCUCGGCGGCCACCAAAUCCAUCCUGGAGGAGUUUGGCUGCUUCGAACUGGAGGCCCGUGGUGACGUGGAGAUGAAGGGCAAAGGCAAAAUGCGGACCUACUGGCUGCUGGCAGAGCGGGUCAGCAGCACGCGGGGCUGAUGAACCGUGGGUCGCCUCCAGCACGAG